UUUAUUUUAAGAUCCAAAUUGCAAUUGCGAAAGGCGAAGGGGGAGGUAGAACUGUAAAUGACCUGAAGGAACAAAAUUUUGGAAUUCAUGGCUGUUCUUGCCUCUAUCCAUCCCAUCGCCCUCCUUCGACCCAAAAUUCCUACUCCAAAACCCACCUUCAGGCCAAAUGCCCAGCUCCUUAGACCCCAUAAAAUGCGAGUACCCUUCAAGCUGAAGGACCAACAGAACCGCAUCUUCCAUGAACUCCCCUCUGGUCUUCAAAUGGAGGUAAUUGUGCAAAAGGGUUCCGCGAAAUCGGCCGAAUCAAUGGCUGCAAAUGUGGAACGCCCACCUCUGCUCUUUGUCCAUGGAAGCUACCACGCUGCUUGGUCUUGGGCAGAACACUGGCUGCCAUUCUUUUCGGCUUCUGGGUUCGAUUGCUAUGCCAUCAGCUUGUUGGGUCAGGGUGAAAGUGAUGCACCAUCUGCAUCGGUUGCUGGUACUCUCCAGACACAUGCGAGUGAUAUUGCUGACUUCAUUCAUACAAGUUUUAGUAUACCACCAGUGUUGCUUGGGCACUCAUUUGGAGGUCUUAUUGUACAAUAUUACAUAGCAAACAGCAAAUAUGAUGAUUUUUCAGAUCCAGAAAGAUUGUUCCCAAGGCUUACUGGAGCUGUUCUUGUCUGUUCUGUACCUCCUUCCGGCAACAGUGGACUCGUAAAGCGCUAUCUCUUUACCAAACCCAUUGCUGCUUUUAAGGUGACACUCAGUUUGGCAGCAAAGGCUUUUCAAACAUCUCUUCCUCUUUGCAAGGAGACAUUUUUCUCUGCAACAAUGGAGGAUCGUCUUGUUUCACGAUAUCAAGAGUUGAUGAAAGAAAGCUCAAGGAUGCCAUUAUUUGAUCUAAGGAAGCUGAACGCAUCCCUUCCAGUACCAUCACUGCCCAAAUCAUGCAUGGAAGUACUAGUGCUUGGUGCAAGUGAUGAUUUCAUUGUGGAUGAUGAAGGAUUGAAUGAAACAGGCAGGUUUUACAGUGUGACACCAAUCUGUAUACAAGGAGUUGCUCAUGACAUGAUGUUGGAUUGUUCUUGGCAAAAAGGUGCAGAUGCUAUCUUAACAUGGCUUAAUUGCUUAGGAUCAUAAACAUCAUCUACCUUCCAAUUUUGUUAUCUAUAUUCUCCUCUCCUCUUUCGAGAUCGUAUCGAACCUUUUGGAUCUGUUCAAUAUCGGUGUUUUAUAUGUGAGUUUCUCCAUACUUGAAC